GCAUUAUGCUUUUAUGUUAUAAUCUGAGGUAUGAAGGCAUCGAUCAAAUAAGUACUAGACGUUUAAAUCAGGAUUGUCUAGAAAAUUUUUUCGGUAAAAUCAGACAACAGGUAGGCAUUUCAGUAAAUCCAACACCGUAUCAAUUUAUGCAUGCAUUUAAAAAGUUGUCCUGUAUGGAUCUGCUGGAUUGUGCAGAAACUUUUAAUUGUGCUGCAGAUUUUGAUAGCCUCCUGAUGAACCAAGUAGACAUACCUGUACCAGUAGAGCAAAAACCUGUAGUGCAUGAAAAUAACACUUUCAAGCUUGAUUUUAUAUCAACAAAUAUUUCAUUUGAAUCUAUAGAUUGAAAGUACAUUUUUCUUUAUCUGAUAUCUCAAUGGAUAAAUAAAGAUUUUGUAUUAUUCACAUUAUUCCUAUUCAACUACCUAUAUAAUGUCUGAAAGGAUUAAUAAAUUAUAUCUUAUGAC